CCCACUUGCCGCUGAAAAAACAAGAAAUUUACAAGUCAUCGACAGAGUGUUGUGUCAAAAAAGAUCGGCAAUUACUGCAUUUAAACAAAGAAUAUUAAAUUUACCAAGAGCAGGCAAACGGAUCUUUAGACAUGGCUCAGACUCUGGAAGACAAAUCGAUCUGGGAAGACGGCGAGGAGUCGCUGGGCGAGGAGGUGAUGCGUAUGUCCACCGAAGAGAUUGUGAGCAGGACUCGCCUGAUGGACAACGAGAUCAAGAUCAUGAAAAGCGAGGUGAUGCGCAUUACGCAUGAGAUCCAGGCGCAGAAUGAGAAGAUCAAGGACAACACUGAAAAGAUUAAGGUGAACAAAACGCUGCCCUAUCUGGUGUCCAAUGUGAUAGAGCUGCUGGAUGUGGAUCCUCAGGAGGAGGAGGACGACGGCUCCGUCACUGUGUUGGAUAACCAGCGGAAGGGCAAGUGCGCAGUCAUCAAAACAUCUACACGACAAGCCUACUUUUUGCCUGUCAUCGGACUGGUGGACGCCGAGAAACUUAAGCCCGGUGAUCUAGUUGGUGUUAAUAAGGAUUCGUACUUGAUCCUAGAAACCUUGCCCGCAGAGUACGAUGCCCGCGUCAAGGCCAUGGAGGUGGACGAGAGACCCACAGAACAGUACUCCGAUAUCGGUGGCUUGGACAAGCAAAUUCAAGAACUCAUCGAGGCAGUGGUCCUGCCCAUGACUCACAAGGAGAAGUUUAAGAACCUUGGCAUUCACCCGCCUAAAGGUGUUCUUUUGUACGGCCCUCCAGGAACUGGUAAAACUUUACUGGCCCGUGCCUGCGCCGCUCAGACCAAGUCCACCUUCCUCAAGCUUGCGGGUCCGCAGUUGGUCCAAAUGUUUAUUGGUGAUGGCGCCAAGCUUGUGCGUGAUGCCUUCGCUUUAGCCAAGGAAAAGGCGCCGGCUAUUAUCUUUAUCGAUGAGUUGGACGCCAUUGGCACCAAGCGCUUCGAUUCGGAGAAGGCCGGCGACCGUGAGGUGCAGCGAACCAUGUUGGAGCUGCUGAAUCAGUUGGAUGGCUUCAGUUCUACGGCGGACAUCAAGGUCAUUGCAGCCACCAAUCGUGUAGACAUUUUGGAUCCGGCUCUCCUGCGUUCUGGUCGUCUGGAUCGAAAGAUCGAGUUCCCGCAUCCCAACGAAGAGGCGCGUGCCCGCAUCAUGCAGAUCCAUUCGCGUAAAAUGAACGUUAGUCAUGUCAAUUUCGAGGAGCUCUCCCGAUCGACAGAUGACUUCAACGGCGCACAGUGCAAGGCCGUGUGUGUGGAGGCCGGCAUGAUCGCCCUGCGCCGUUCCGCCACUUCGGUCACGCACGAGGACUUCAUGGAUGCGAUCAUGGAGGUGCAGGCGAAGAAGAAGGCUAAUCUUAACUACUACGCUUAGACUAGAAAUUUGCAGUUUAACUACACAUUGUCCGCUCCCAUUAUAAUAAACCAUGGAAAUUUAA